UGUUGGAAGACAGUGUGGACUGAUGCUGCCAGGUCUCUGGGCAGGUAAGGCUGCUCCAGAUCUAGUGCCUGCACAGGUCUGUUCUGGACUUGAUGUUGACAGGUAAGCUGGUGUGAGGAAGCUGAGAAAGAAAAUGCAGUAGCACAGCUACAACCAUGGCGUGUGUACCCUUUCGAGAGCCACGGUCGGCCACGGUGGGGAGGCGCAUGGUUUUUACAGGCCCAGAUUAUGUAAAGGAUCAUCUCCCUAAAGUUGCUCAGCAUACUUCCUGUAUAGGAGAAAAGCAUCCUGCAUUAGAGAAAACUGGAGAUCUCAGAUAUUUACAGAGGCCUGCCUCAAAGAGAAGCUUGCCAGCCAAAUAUAAAUAUGAGUAUGUUGGUGAAAUUGGUUGGGGAAUACCAGUGUAUGAUUUUAUCAACAAAACAAGGCUUCAGACUGGCUUUCACAUUAAGUAUGAAGAGUUCAGUCAAGCUGCUGUUGAGAAACUCAGCCACAGAUACCAGAACCCAUGGCAACCAAAUCCUUCUAUUAUGGAUGCAGAAGACAGCUUCAGUCGUGGUUUUCUUGCCUGGCAUAUGGGUGAUUAUGAGGACACCGAUCAAAGAAACUCCAGAAGGGCCACCCUCCUUCGGCAGAGCAAGGCAGCCCUGCCAAGAGUUUCCAGACCACCGAAGCUACCAAAGCUACCAAAAGAGCAGGAGAAAAGCGGACUUUGGCCUCUAAAUCAGCAUGAUGCAAGUUGCUACUAGAAGGAAAAACUGCCUACAAAUGUAGAACAAGAGUCAGGUUAUAAUGUGCCACAGGUGGUGCCUUCUGUGUUACCCCUGAGAACACGGGUCCUACAGUUUAAAGCCCAAAUAAAGGUUUCAG